GCUCAGACAACUUGCUACAGAGUAACAGUAAAUGAGACACAGAGCAGCUCCUCCAGCUCCAGCUACAGACACACAGAGCACACAGAGCACACAGCAGCAGCACUGAAACUGAAAACCCUGUUGCAAGUAUUUUUGGCCGCUGCUCGGACGGAGUGAGAUCACUGCGGUCUCUUUUCUCUCGGCUACAGACUCAAAGAGUGAGCAACGCAGGGACCGCUUUUCAGUCUCAUUUCUGCUAAUAUCUCAAUAUUAUAUCACACUGGAAAUGUCCGAAAACAAGCCGAAUGAUGAGCCGAAGUUAUCUACGACGGACAGGGUGGUGAAAUCUGUCCCGUUCCCCCCCAGUCACCGGCUGACGGCUAAAGAGGUGUUUGACAGCGAUGGGAAGCCCAAAGUGGACGUGCUGAAAGCUCACCUAACGAAGGAGGGCCGCGUGGAGGAAGCAGUGGCCCUGAGGCUCAUCGCAGAGGGCGGUGCAAUCUUGCGGGCAGAGAAGAACCUGCUGGACAUCGAGGCCCCUGUGACAGUGUGCGGAGACAUCCACGGGCAGUUCUUUGACCUGAUGAAGCUGUUUGAAGUCGGAGGAUCACCAGCAUCCACGCGCUACCUUUUCCUGGGGGACUACGUUGACAGAGGGUAUUUCAGUAUUGAAUGUGUGCUGUACUUGUGGGCCUUAAAGAUCCUUUACCCCAAAACACUGUUUUUGCUGCGUGGGAAUCAUGAAUGUAGACAUUUAACAGAGUAUUUCACAUUUAAGCAGGAAUGUAGAAUUAAGUAUUCAGAGAGGGUGUAUGACGCAUGUAUGGACGCCUUCGACUGCCUUCCCCUGGCUGCACUUAUGAACCAGCAGUUCCUGUGUGUACACGGAGGACUGUCUCCAGAAAUCACAAAUCUUGACGACAUCAGGAAACUAGACAGAUUCAAAGAGCCCCCAGCGUACGGACCGAUGUGCGACCUGCUGUGGUCCGACCCCCUCGAGGACUUUGGGAACGAGAAGAGCCAAGAGCAUUUCACACACAACACGGUGCGAGGCUGUUCCUACUUCUACAGCUACCCUGCAGUCUGUGACUUUCUACAACACAAUAACUUAUUAUCUAUCAUCCGGGCCCAUGAAGCGCAGGAUGCUGGAUACCGCAUGUACAGAAAGAGUCAGACCACUGGCUUCCCAUCCCUUAUCACCAUCUUCUCUGCACCCAACUACCUAGAUGUCUACAACAACAAAGCGGCAGUGCUGAAGUACGAGAACAACGUGAUGAACAUCCGACAGUUCAACUGCUCACCUCACCCUUACUGGCUGCCCAACUUCAUGGACGUUUUCACCUGGUCCCUGCCCUUCGUCGGGGAGAAGGUGACUGAGAUGCUAGUGAACGUAUUGAGCAUCUGCUCCAAUGAUGAGCUGACGACUGACGAGGAGCUGGACGGACAGCUAAUAUAUCCCCCCAAAAAAGGUGCCACAGCUUCUGCCCGUAAGGAAGUCAUCCGCAACAAGAUCCGUGCCAUUGGCAAGAUGGCCAGGGUAUUUUCUGUUCUCAGAGAGGAGAGUGAGAGCGUGCUGACGCUGAAGGGACUGACCCCAACAGGCAUGCUACCAAGCGGAGUGCUGUCCGGUGGCAAAGAAAAGCUGCAGAAUGAAACUGCAGCUACUAUUGAAGCUAUUGAGGCUGACGAAGCCAUCAAAGGCUUCUCGCCCCAGCACAAGAUCACCAGCUUCGCGGAGGCGAAGGGCCUGGAUCGCAUCAACGAGAGGAUGCCGCCGCGGCGAGACGGCUUGCCCUCCGACGCCAGCCUCAACUCCCUCAACAAGGCCCUGUCUUCGGAGACCAACGGCACGGACGCCAAAGGGAGCACCAGCAGCGGCAGCAACAUCCAGUGAAGGCCAACAGCGGGCGCCACUUCGGCCGACGGAGCUGCCUCACCACGGCCCGCCACUGCAGAGAAGGGGGUGAAGGAGUGAAAAAGGAGGGGGAGUGUGGAGGUGGGAGGCAUCUAUGGCUCACACUGGGGGGACAUCUUACUUUCUAGUCUUUGGAUAUGCCUUCAAAAUAUUAGUUCAUAGUCAAAUCUGCUAAGUUAUUGCCAGGUCACAUUUCUGAACGGUCAGGCCUUUAUUGUGCUUGAUUCUCCACCACACUGCAGUAUGUCAAAGAGAAAGAGAGGGAUACAGAGAGAUCUUUGAGGCGAUUUAUUUUCUUUUAUUUCUUGAAAGACCCCAGUCGUGUAACUUCUUACUAACUAUUGUACGUUUACAGAAAUACAGCACUAAAAAGGACAGAACAUGAGAUAAUGUUUUUAACAUAUAAGGGUGUACAAACUAAAUAAGGACUAUUUAUUGAUAACUUUUUUUUUGUUUUGCUACUCUUAUAAAAUAGCUCUGAAAUUAAUUAGGCAGUCUUAAAAAGAAUGUUGCAAUGUUGUCGAAAUGCCAAAUAAUGGAACGUUUUAUGGUUUUGUACAUAUUAUGCUUACCUCAGGUUCUUUUGGUGUGUGCUUUGACCUGAUUUUUCUGUAUAAUGGCUAAAUAACUCGGUAAUGAAUACCUAUUUUCUUGAGUUUCAUAACUGGAAUUUACAUUUUACCUAUCUAUCAUUUGCAAAUAUGUUUAUUUUUUGUCUCUUUUGGAAAGGGGUGGGGGGGGUAGAUUUAUCGUGGCUUGCUGGAAUUGAGUGUUAAUUUUAUCUCUUUUUAAGUAUUGCGAACAAAGUAAAAAUAGAGAACCUAUAUUGUGUAAAAAAAAAGAAUACAAUAAACAUAAAAGUGUCUGCCUAUGCAUGUUUUAUAAAAAUCAAACAAUGGAAAUAGAAAAUCCGAAUACCUUGGCUGUGGAGGCCUGUUUUGAAAUAUACUGCGCUUUAGUGAACAUAUACUGGAAACGUAUACCUGCAUACUUUCAAUUAACACCAUGAUGCUCUAUGCCUUCAACUUCUUUUGUAAUUGAAGCAUUUAAUUAUCUACGAUGGAUGAGAAAUCAUAUUUUUAACCUGCGCUUGUAAGUGCACACAGUCCAAUUAAGCAUGUUUGACAAUUCUUGUGAGGUGUGUGGUUACAUGUGUAACUCAAAAAUGCAUGAUUCGCUGUUUGUGUCAUAUAACAGGUAAAUCAGUUUUGUUCUGUUUUGUAAAUGUGCCACAGAAAGUGUAAUUUGAUUAUUAUUAUUAUUACUAUUAUUAUUAUUAUUAUUUGGAACUCUGCUUUGUAUAUCAGUUACAGGUUUGAUACUGCUCAAUACUUUAAGAUGAAACGAAAAAAAAAAAUAACUUCGAUCUUUUUUAAGAACUGCUUAAGUGCCCAAGUAAUUCACUACACGACAUGAAGCCUUGCUUUUGUAAUUUAACUUCAAAACUGUUGGCAGAUGAGGCAUGCACUUGCAACUAUGAAAAGUAUUUUAUAUAACUGUUCAAUAAAAAUGUGCAUGAAUUUCAACUUGAAAUGAACCCGCUUCUCCUGUAUGUAUGUAUGUAUGUAUGUGUGUGUGCGUGUGUGCGUGUGUGUGAGUGAGUGUGUGUGUGUGUGUGUGUGUGUGUGUGUGUGUGUGUGUGUGACUCCGGCUGUCCUACAGUCCUCCACCAAUGAAUAUGCAACCAUGUAAAAUAAAAUAAAGUACAUAAUACACAUA